GACGUGUGAUCCAAAUCAAAAUAGACUGCCGACACAGAGAGUUUAUUGAAACUCGGCUCUCGUUUGUUUCUUUUCGGAAUUUAAUACAAUAUAGCUCCAUAAAUAGGUGAAAGAUCAAUAAAAUUAGAAACUGUUUAAAACCCUUCGUGGGUUAGACGGUUCAGUUUUGAAGGGAAGAAUGAAUUUUUCGUUCGCUGGAUGUGGAUUUUUGGGAAUUUACCAUGUCGGUGUAGCAAGCUGCCUCAAGCAACAUGCACCUCAUCUAAUAAAGAACUGCAAGUUUGCCGGAGCUUCUGCCGGAGCCAUUGUUGCUUGUUGUCUGAUUUGUGACUGUUGUCUUGGUGACUGUACAACGUUUACAUUACGUCUGGCCACGAAAGCUAGAUCCUUCUCCCUUGGGCCGUUACACCCCAGCUUUAAAAUCGUCAAGAUUCUAAGAGAUGCUUUACGGGAAGUUUUGCCGGACAAUGCUCAUGAAAUUGCUACAGGAAAGCUGUUCAUUUCAUUAACGAGAGUUAGUGACAGGGAAAAUGUUGUCGUGUCGGAGUACAGAUCGAAAGAAGAACUGAUACAGGCAUUGAUGUGCAGUGCGCAUGUACCGCUGUAUUCAGGCCUUGUUCCUCCAACAUUUCGUGGAGUUCGGUAUGUUGAUGGCGGGUUAAGUGAUAACAUUCCAGCCAUGAAUGAUGAAACUAUCUCAAUUUCUCCGUUUGCUGGUGAGAGUGACAUAUGUCCAACUGACCACACAGCAAAUCCUCUACACGUGUACCUUGCCAACACCAGCAUGCAGUGCUCUAUGGAGAACCUGUAUAGAAUGUCACGUGCACUGUUCCCACCUCAUCCAGAGAUCCUCAGUGAUAUGUGUCAGCAGGGGUUUGAUGAUACGUUGAAGUACUUACAAAACAACAAGUUGUUAUCUUGUGUACGACACCUAAGUAUCCGCAGUGUGAUCACCCCUGUGCCGGUUGCCAUGGAAAUGGAAGCUCCAGUCCCUGAGGAGGACGAGGAAGCUUGUGGGGAAGGUGAUUGUUAUGACUGUAAGAAGAAGCGACAGAUUGCCCUCCUUGAUAAACUACCUCAUAAAGUUGGAUCUGGUAAGAAUUGGUUGUUUUCUGAGCAGUGCUUUACCAAUAGUUUUAUUCUUAAUCUGAUAAAUUGCAUUUAAAUUCAGUUCUUGUGUGUUCCCUCAUUGC